AUGAUAAGCGACAAGCAGUUCAUGUCUUAUGUCGUAGGCAAGUUACUACUGGAUCGCUUUGGUGUUCAGAAACGACGAAAACAAAGCAGACACAAGCCUCGAAUUUCCUCUUUUUCUUCGCAACCCUUCUUACUAGUAGCGGGACUAGAAGAAGUAAUAGCAGGACCAGAAGAAGAGGUAGUAGCAGGGCCGGAAGAAAAAGUAACAGGACUAGAAGAGGUACACGAGAGCCCCGACGACAUCAGACAAAGUCCCGAAGACAUCAGACAAGACAUCGGACACAGUCAAAGACCUACUUGCUGGCAUGGCAAGAAGCACUACCCUAUUCAAACCGACUCUAGGCCCAACCAGCUCCAAGGUGUCGGAGAUGCUUUGUCACCCGGCGGGCAUGUAGCUUCCGCUGUAGAGGGUGAGGCUGUAAGAGACGCUCCGGAAUGUAUCUCGUAUUGCGGUGUGAUGUGUGACAACGUCGACGUGAGAGUGGUCCAGGAUAUGGGACAGUUUGUGCAGCGCCCAGACGAGGGCUGCUGUCUCCAAUUCCGUAGAUCCAUAGUUUACUUCUGCGGGCCUGUGGCUACUUCUGCUACUUCUGCUACUUCUGCUACUUCUGCUACUUCUGCUACUUCUGCUACUUCUGCUACUUCUGCUACUUCUGCUACUUCUGCUACUGCUGCUACUGCUGCUACUUCUGCUACUGCUGCUACUGCUGCUACUGCUACUAUUUUAAUAAUUGGGGUGUUGGAUAAUAAAAUCAGGGUGCUGGAUAACGUCUCCCUUUUUCCAAUCCGUUGCUCUUCUGGUCCUGCUACUACUCAGCUGGCCCUGCUACUACUACAGGGCCAGAAGAAGGACCAGGAGCGACAAGAUUCAUCGAAGCAUCAAGAGGGAAGCCGGCACGGACGAAUGCCGCCCGAAGCUGUCGUUACAGGCUCCGAGAAAAAGCUCUCUCGACACUUGGUUGCACGUGAUAGACCCAACGAUGAGGAAUUGGAGCUGCGUGGUUGGACCACUUACACCGAGGAUGAGGGUUUACAGGAUACAGUCAUAGAUACGAAUACAUAA